UCCGUUCCGCAACGUCCCAUCCGCCCCCUCGCUGCGCCCCAGGUGGAAUCGCCCACAGGCUCCCAGCAUCGUCCGCGGAGCCGCUGCGGACGAGACCACUCGGCUACGGAGACGUGAUUAAUUCAUUUCCCCCCUUUGGAGUCAUUUUUGCUGUGCUUUCGAUAUGCACGGCAGGCUGAAGGUAAAGACAACAGAGGAGCAGGCGGAAGCCAAACGCCUGGAGCGGGAGAAGAAGCUGCACCUUUAUGUGACGGCCACCAAAGCCAUCUUUGAGAAGAGGAAAAUGGAGCAACUGGACAAGGAAGCCUUGGAGCUGACCAGCCAGAUCUUGGGCGCUAACCCGGACUUUGCCACCCUCUGGAACUUCCGGCGGGAGAUCUUCCUUCACCUGGAGGAGGAGACCCCCAAAGAGAUGCAAGCCCUCUGCAAAGCAGAGCUGUCUUUCUUGGAGUCCUGCUUGCGUGUCAACCCCAAAUCUUACGGAACUUGGCACCAUCGCUGCUGGGUGAUGGAGCACAUCCCGGAGCCCGACUGGGACCGAGAGCUGGAGCUGUGCAACAAGUUUCUGGAGAUCGACGAACGCAACUUUCACUGCUGGGAUUACCGCCGCUUCGUGGUGCAGCAGUCGCAGGUCCCCCCGCAGGAGGAGCUGGCGUUCAGCGAUAGCCUGAUCACCCGGAACUUCUCCAACUACUCUUCCUGGCACUACCGCAGCCGCCUCCUGCCACAGCUUCACCCGGAUCCCCACCAACAAGGCCGCAUCACAGAGGAAGUCCUUCUCAAAGAGCUGGAGCUGGUGCAGAACGCCUUCUUUACCGACCCCAAUGACCAGAGUGCCUGGUUCUAUCACCGGUGGCUCCUGGGCCGAGCUGACCCAGAGCCAUCGAUUCGCUGUAUCUACGUGAACAGGGAAGAUGCCUCUUUAGCAGUGGCAUUCUCCCACCCCGUAGCGGUGGCUCCAGCAUCUCACGACCUGAUUGUGUUCGGAGAUGAGUCCCCGCUGGUGGUCCGGUGGCACACCCCGGAUGGCCGUAACAAGCCUGGGCUUAUGUGGCUGUGCGACUUGCCCACCUCAGCCCUGAACGACCACUGGCCCCAGCACACCUUCCGGGUCCUGUGGGCAGAGGGCCAGUCCCAGAAGGAGUGCGUCCUUUUCAAAGGACACAAGGAUUGUUGGAGCCAAGAUUCAGUCACAGAGGAGCAGAUCUUCAGGUGUGAGCUGUCAGUUGAAAAAUCAACCGUGCUCCAGUCCGAACUGGAGUCUUGCAAAGAACUGCAGGCCCUGGAACCCGAGAACAAGUGGUGUCUCCUGACCAUCGUCCUCCUCAUGAGAGCCUUAGACCCCUUGGUUUACGAGCGCGAGACCCUCAGCUACUUUGAGACCCUGAAGGCUGCUGAUCCCAUGCGCUCGGCUUACCUGGACGACCUACGUAGCAAAUUCUUAAUAGAAAACAGCAUCCUCAAGAUGGAAUAUGCCGAAUCACGAGUGGUGGAUCUGUCACAGAAGGGCCUCACCGUCCUUUGCCAUCUGGAGCACCUCUUGGUGGUCACCCACAUGAACCUGUCGGACAACCGCCUCCACUGCUUGCCCCCAUCGCUGGCCAUGAUGCGCUGCCUCGAGGUGCUGGAAGCGGAUGAGAACCAGAUCGAGACCCUCGAGGGGCUGCCUGCGCUCCCUUGCCUGGAGGAACUCUCCCUCUGCAACAACCGCAUCCGGCAACCCUCGGCCCUCCAACCUCUGGCGUCUUUCCCAAAGCUCGCCCAUCUCAACUUGCAGGGCAACCCUCUCUGCCAACUCCCGGGCGUCCAAUCGGAGCUUGCCGCGCUACUUCCAGACGUGGCAACUAUCCUCACCUGAUGGGCUGGGGGGCGACCCCCUUCAAACUCAUCCCUUUCCCAGCAGUGCGCUGACACCUUUAAUUUAUCGGAAUGAAGAAAUAAAAAUGAAUCGAAAGGA